AUGGACCGCCUCCGCCAGCACUUCCGCCGCCGUCGCAGCAGCGCCAGCAGUUCGCCCUUGCAACCCCCGAUCUCCCCGACGCUGAGCCAUGAUAAACAAAAGAACAAGUCUAUUGGCGAGCCCCGCCGACUCUAUAUUACCUCCAACACGCCCGACUUCGACGCCAACAUUAUCCGCCGCUUCCAGGCCGAAGGAUUCGACGUCGAGUACUUGCCUUUCGUCGCAUCGGGGACGGACGAACCGGAACGAGAACGUAAGGAGCUCGAGAAACUCCUGCACGAACGCGAGGAUGACCUCGAGGCGGGCGAACGGUACGCCGUAGUUGCAUAUCACCGACCUGCCUAUCUGCUGCUUUCUUCUCAUCACCUGUCGACUUCGGCCACGAAUCCAUUCCCUCGACUUUGUGCCCUAGUGACCUACUAUCCCGAGCCUCCCAGUUCCUUUUCAAAUGGACAGCAGCAACGGGAGUCUGUCGACAUCAUCCCGCAAUCCACUACCUCCUCGACCACCAACUCCUGUUACGCCUCGCUAUCAUUGCUUCCCAUUCAGAUCCAUCUCGCAGGUCCGCAGCCUUCGUCUCUUCACGAUGACUACCACAGUCAUCCGAGCAAGAAGCGUCAUCGCUGUCAUCUCUUCUUUUACCCGGAGUCCGAUCCCGGAUUUGCCGAAUCUACGUCUAAAGUGUAUGAUGGCAUCAGCUCGCGCCUAGCCUGGAGUCGCGCCCUAGACUGUCUGAAGCGCGGGUUUGGAUGGCCUGGCGGCCAUUGGGAUGUGCCCGAGGUUGAGUCCGUGUGGGAGGAAUACUGGCGCGGUCUGUUUUACAACAACCGGAAUGCCGAGGAGACUGAGACACAUGUUGCGCAGACCUUGCGCCUAAUGGGUGGCAGUUUAGGGCCAUCGUUGGGCGAGGACGAUGGAUAUCGUUCGGACCCGACGGUCGAACUGCAAGAUACCGCCUCGGUGAAUUGCGUUCCUACCAUGAUCGGUGGAACCACUUCUGCUUCUAUCACCAACUUCUACACCACCCAAUUCUUCCCCUCCGGACCCCCCUCGCAGACCAUCCGCCUGCUCUCGCGUACUAUCGGCCCCAAUCGCAUAGUCGACGAGCUCCUCCUCACUUUCACCCACACCGAAGAAAUUCCCUGGCUCCUGCCUCGUGUCCCGCCCACCGACCGCCCCGUGCGUAUCCUUCUUGUCAUGACAGCCCUGUUUGUCGCCGGAAAGAUCACUCGCCAUAACAUCUAUUGGGAUCAGGCCAGCGUCCUGGUGCAGGUUGGAUUGCUGGAUCCGGCGCUCGUGCCGACCGGGUUUCAGGCCACCGGGCCCAAUCGCGAAGGGAAGGAAACGGUGGAAAGGAUCCCGGUAGUUGGGAGCGAAGGGGUCGAGAGGGUGUUGGAUUGA